AGUCACAGGUCAAUGCACUGUCUGGGCUGAGAGGGACAAGAGGGUGGCUAUAUUUCAUGCACUCAGAACUUCAGAGAGAGUUGGACUCAAAGACUUAAAGGAUGGAGAAAACAGCGAUUCUGUUUUCUGUGCUGCUCCUGGGGUGGACCUGGACCCUCCAGGGGGUCGCUGCUGAUGAUGAUCAGGUGAAGACCACUGAGAGUACUGUGGUGCCUGCAGACGCUGAGGGUGCUACUGUUAAUACAACUGUGCACGAUGCAACUGAACACAGUACAACUCUAAACAAUGCAACCGAUGCAGCUCUUAUCAGGGCUCUGUUCAAUGCAACAGACAUCUGUAACGCACCACCUGAAAGAGGUCAGUGUAUGGCAUUUUUUAAGUAUUACUUCUACAACUCCAUCUCAAUGAGCUGUGAGAUAUUCACCUAUGGAGGGUGUGGGGGCAACCGGAACAACUUUAAAAACAAGAAAGAGUGUAUGCAGAGUUGUCAUCCUGAAGAGGUCUGUAACGCACCACCUGAAACAGGCCCAUGUAAGGCACACACUGAGCAUUACUUCUACAACUCCAUCUCAAAGAGCUGUGAGAAAUUCGUCUAUGGAGGGUGUUUGGGCAACCACAACAACUUUAAAGAUGAAAGAGAGUGUAUGCAGAGAUGUCACCCUGAAGAGGUCUGUAACGCACCACCUGAAACAGGCCCAUGUAAGGCACACAUUGAGCAUUACUUCUACAACUCCACCUCAAAGAGCUGUGAGAAAUUCGUCUAUGGAGGGUGUUUGGGCAACCAGAACAACUUUAAAGAUGAGACAGAGUGUAUGCAGAGAUGUCACCCUGAAGAAGAAGAGCACCCAACAGUGGCGUGAUCAGACUGUUGAAGUUCUGUUUUUGGAGGAUGAGGAGAAGCUGUUUCUUGAAGGCAAACUGAGGAGAUGAAGAAGCAUCAACGCUUAUCUGGUUAUACAAAAACAUGAACCAUAGGGAGCAUAUUAUGCAGAUUACCAAUAAAGCAAUGCAUUACUACGUUUGACACUUGUCUAAUGUUUACAAGAGGUUGAUGUGGUUGACAUACGUCCUGGCGUCCAUCAUACUAGACUGAAUUAAUAGAGAACCCAAACAGAGAAAACAGACAGACCUAUGAAAUGAUAACAGUGUUAGUUAGUGUAAAAAUAAAAUACAGUUAUGUAUUGUAAAUUUGAAUAAGUGAACUAACCGUACACUCUGAACUGUAUUUGGUUACUGGAGUACUUAGUUACUGUAAAACUUUUUGGAUUCUCUAA